GAUGUAGAAUAGGAUACGUCGAUAAAUAUUUAUAUAUAACCUAUUAUGCUUCGCCGUACAUGUAGAUCUUUGAUGAAAUAUGCGAACCUUGAGCUAACCACUCGAGGUGAGUUUCCUCACGGUAUGAAGGAACCUGGAUUCGUGAAAAAAUUAGAUAAAAAUAUCCCCUGGUAUUUUUCAACAUACCGUUCGAUGUAUCACUGGCCUGUUGCUGGUGACAACUGGAGUGACCUUGAUGAAGGUAAUAAACAUCAUGAUUUGCAUAUGUUUUACACACUUGCGUGGUGGAAGCUCGGUGAAGGUAUAUUUGAUGCUGACGAUGAUGAUUAAUGAACUUAAAUAUAAAUUUAGGUAUUAAACACGUUCAAUGUGUUUGAAAAAAAGUAAUUUAGUGUUCG